GUGAAGCAAACAGGCACAAAACCCAAUACUUUCCGUUAAAUUUCGCGGGCACUAUUUAAAGCUCGAGGCUUUGCUAUCUGGGUUUUUCGUAUCGAAGCUGAAGACCUCGAGGAUGCCGGCGAUGGCUGGUAUGGGGUUUAACCAGAAGAAUGAUUCGCGAGAAAGUGAUGGGAUUUUGGGAAAACGCAACGAAAAGGGUGAGUUUUCUGCUUCUGUUUUGAAUUCUUUAGGGAUCCAACGUGGUGAAGAGGGUGCUGCUUCGAUUUCGGAUAAUGGGUAUCGGGGAUUCGAUUUUGAUCUCAAUGAAGCACCGGCUGUUGAGGAGGAUGGAAUUGGGAUAGGGUUUGUCGGCGAUGUCGAUUCUCUUUCUAGAUUUUGUGAGCAAGAAACAGAGAAUCGUCAAUCAAGUUCUUUGCUUUUUGGUGUUAACUUGAAAAGAAUCGCAGAUGAUGAGGAAGCUCGUUCUCCGCGUAAAAGGAAGAGGUUUUCGUAUGAAGAGAAGGGAAAAGCAAAAGCAGUUGAUGAUGAUCAAUUUCUGCUGGGUAUUGAUGAUGGGGACUUGAAUCUUAACCUUGGGUUGGGAAGUAAGGCUUAUACAUGGCCUUCUUUAUUUGAUACUCCAAGCAUUCCUGAAAAUAAUCUAGGUCCUGAGGAGGGAUUGGUGGAUAAUACAAGGGAAUCUGAACUGAGAAGAAGGAGCAGUACUGAAAAUAAUCUUGGUCCUGAGGAGGAAUUGCUGAAUAGUUUGGGGGUAUCUGAACCAAGAAGAGGGAGCAUUGCUGAAAAUAAUCGAGGUCCUGAGGACGAAUUGGUGAGUAGUUUGAGGGAAUCUGAACUAAGGAGGAGGCAGGAGGAAGCAAUCAGGCAACAUGACAAUGCUAAAGACUAUGCCCAGAGAUAUCAUGAAAGCCAGCGCUUAGAAUCUGCUAAACAAAAUGAGACAGGAGUUAUGCAGGAUCAGCUAGCAGAAGAUUUUGAAAGUCCGUUUGGAAUGGCAAUGGAGAUGAUAAAAAGGCGAAAUUCAAGAAGUGGUAACAAAAGGAACUUAGGUGAUGCAUUGGAGCCAGGGUUUAAGUGGGUGCCUACUGGAAGUAAAUGCCAUGGUACUGCAGUUCGCUGCGCUCCUUCACUCCUUGACCUCAGUUUGAGUGUUCUUGCAAAGAAUUCUGAGGCAAUUGAAUCACUUGAGCAUGUUCCUGAAGCACUGAGGCAUAAGCUCAGUGAGAUGGUCUGUGAUAGUAGGAAAAUGGAUGCUAAGUUCUUGGAACUUCUUGCCAGGGGAUCCCCAUCUGAGAUACGUGCAAAGAGCUGUUCACAGAUAACAGAUGAAGAAUUCUCCAAGAUAUUCGGUAGUUUUGACACUAAGAACUUGAUUGUACUACAACUUGACAAUUGUGGACCUUUUAUGCAUGACUAUGUGUUACUUGACACCUUAGCUCAGUCAUCAAGAAAGCUUCCUGCCUUAGCUACCUUCUCGUUAAGUGGUGCAUAUCGUUUAUCAGAUGACGGACUAAAAGCACUUGCAGAGUCUGCACCUGCACUGAAGUCCAUUAAUCUCAGCCAAUGCUCUCUUCUCACAUCUGCUGGUAUAAACACUCUGGCUGGAUGUUUUGAGUCUACUUUAAGAGAGCUUUAUCUAGACGAGUGUCAGAAUAUAGAUGCCAUGGCUAUAUUGCCUGCACUGAAGAAGCUUAAAUGUUUGGAAGUGUUGUCAGUGGCUGAUAUUCCAAGUGUUUGUGAUGAUUUUGUCAUUGGAAUUGUUGAAGCAUGUGGCAAAAAUAUGAGAGAGCUUGUUUUUGCUUCUUGUGUAAAAUUGACUGACAUGUCUCUCAAAAGUGUGGGAGAAACAUGUUUGAAGCUAUCUGCCAUUGAUCUUUCCAACUUGUAUUGCUUGACUGAUUCAACAAUGAGAUAUCUUGCCAAUGGCUGUCAAUCAAUUCAUAAGCUUAAACUUUGUCGCAACAGUUUCAGUGAUGAAGCUAUUGCUGCCUUCUUGGAAGUCUCUGGGGGUGCUCUAUGUGAACUUUCACUGAAUAAUGUUAAAAGGGUUGGACUCAACACUGCAUCGUCACUAGCCAAAUGUUCAAGAAAGUUGUGCAGUUUGGACCUGUCAUUUUGCCGCAAAAUAACAGAUGAGGCACUUGGACUGAUUGUUGAUAGCUGCCUGUCGUUGAGGCUGCUCAAAAUCUUUGGAUGUACAGAGGUUACAAAUUUUUUUCUGAAUGUACAUUCAAAUCACCCGGUGCAGAUUAUUGGAUUGAAAAACACACCACUGUUAACACAUUCCAAUGAGGAACCCCAAGAAACUCCACUUCGCUAUUCCCCCCUGACAGUUUCUGCUGAUAGGUAAAAUCCAGAUAGAAAACUUGUCAUCUUUUGUACAGGAAGAGCUCCUUGUUUCCAUUUCCUUAACCAGCUUCAUUCUUCCAAAUAUUUGACACUGAUAUGAUAGCUGAAAGUUGCAAUCAUUCGAUAAUAAUCCAUUUAUAGGCUUCAUUUUUUGGAAGAUUUACCUGCUCCUUUUUUCCUGGUAUAGAAAUCAGGUCCUUGACUUCUUUGGAUUCAAAAAUAAUGUAUAUGACAGAAUAUGCAAUAGUUUCUAUGAUCAAAUUUCAAGUGAUUGAAUCUGCUGC